CUCACAUUCACACGGAGGACUGGGAUGCGAGAGAGCCCGACGAGAUGGAGACCUUCAUCCAUCUUUACCUGAACCUGAUCGAUCUUGGGAGUGAAGCCAAGAUGUGACCGUCACGGCGCGUCAUUGUUUGGAUCCCUCCAGCCUUUACAACACUUGUUUCUAUAGCAACAGAUAUAUCACAGUAUCCUAAAAAGUCCCAUUUCCACAAUGCAGUCCUCUAGCAGUUCCUCUCAGCCUCCAAAGCCGCGGCGCUUUGACGUCAGCAGAAGGACCAAUACCUUAGCUGCACCAAAGUCUCAUGGCCCUGGUUUUCAGAGGGAGGAUAAAAACAUGAACACAAUCACCACAUCCUCCCCACGCCGGCCUACUAAAGGCCCCGCUGCACCCACCAGGACCAGGGUGGGAGUGCAGCCUCGAGCUCCAGUAAACCAGUCCAGGUUUUGCUCUCAGAAACAGGGUACCACCAUCUCCAAAGCAGCUAAACCCAAACCCAAGAAUGCUCGUGCAUCUGCAGCAACCAAAAUUGCACCUGCAGCUGCUCCGCCUCCUCCGCUUCCAUCCGUUCUCCCUCUUGACCCGAAUUGCAACGAGCCGAGCCUCCCGUGUCUGUGCUGCGAUGGCCGCUCCCCACAGGACAACAACAGUAUGUUCAACCAUAACCACAAUAACAACAACACCAUCUCUCUCAGACAGCAGCUACAGCUUCCUCCUCCUCCGGCCCCGUUACCCCAGGGGCAGGAUGGGACGGGGGCCAAGGAGCAACGUCAACCUCCAUCACAAGUGCAGGCCCAGCUGGAGCCCUCUGCCUGCCCACCUGCCAGUCUGGAAAAUGAAGACAAACAUGCAGAUGAAAGCGAGGACCUGGAUAACAAGAAAAAUUUAAAAGUAGAAGAAGAAGACGACGAAGAAGAGAGCAGUGGGGAUAUUGAUAUCGAUGAUGAUGAAGAGGAGGCUGACAAUGAUGACGACGACGACGAUGAUGACACUCUGGUGCCCUCAUGCUGUGACUGCCCCCCCUCCCUCCUGGAGUUCUCACUCUCCUCUUCUACCUCCUCAUCCUCCACUUCCAUCAGCUCCUGCUCUGAUCUGGAGUCUGACUGUGCAGAUCAAUCCGCCUCCAUCUGCUCUUCCCAUGACCAAGAAAAUCUCUCCGUCGCUAUGUCCCCCAAAGACCAUUCUCUUCCUCAAGCCCCUGAAUGCCAGCCUCCUGCGCGCUCACCCCCAUCCCUUCCUCUUAGUCGCAAUCCCUUCUCCUUAGCAUCACAUUCCCCGAUUCCCCCUUGCUCCCCAGAUGAGGGCUACCCCUCGGCCCUGGACUCCCCUUCUCCUGAUUAUUUAGGAGUCAAAGGGGAUUCUGAGGUCACCAAACUAGGUUUGCUCGACUUUCUAGAAUCAGUAGGGGAGUUUGGGAAAAUGGAGCGCUUCAGCCAGGUGAUCCAAGUGGCUCGUUGGGAUCUGGAGGGGGAACAGCACUGGGAUGUUCUAAGGGAUCGGUUAGAUCACCUGGAUCGCUUGGAGAAAGUCAACCGAGAGGUAAAACUGGCCUACAUCGCCAAACUCCAUGAGAGGGGAUUUGAUCUCGGAGACCUGGAGGAGCAGGACCUCUCGGAUGUCAUGGAUGAAAUGGGCAACAUCGACAUUCCCUGGAAAUUGUAUAAAAACCGCGGGGGAACGAUGGGAGACUCUCAGGAGUUUUCAGAUGCUGGGGUCGACCUCACCGCUCCAUCAGACUGCGAUGAUCCCCUCGUUCCAGAUUCCCUCACCCCUUCCCCCGUCGAACCGCCACCUAGGCCCCCGAAACCUCCAGCGCGUCACGCCAGCGUGAGCUCUUACCUCCACACCUACAUCAAUAUCAGCAGGGAGACCACUUCCAUGGCUGUCUCCACGUCUCCUACACUGUCUACUUUCUCCCCUAACUCAUCAUCCCCCACGUUCACCACUUUUAGGUGCGAGAAACCCCUACCUCCAUCUCCACCAUCAGUUCCUCCUCUCCCUGCCUCUAAACCGGUACCUUAUCUCACCCUCUAUACCACUCCUUCUCCACCUCCAGCUAUCCCAACCCCAACCCCUCCCAUCCCUCCCCCUCGGAAACGCCACCUUGCCAGGAAGGAGGCACAGCGGCUUGCUGCUCUUCAAGCCGAACAGGAAAAGACCCCGCUGUCCCUACCACCUCCUACCACGCGGCCACCACCUCUUCCUCCUCCACCUGUAAUCUCUAUCUCCACAUCCCCCCCUGCCAUACCACCUCCACCUGCCCUGCCUCCUCCCCCCUCCUUCCAUGCCCUGGAUGUAGAGAUUCGGAAGUUAUUGAUGCUUGCAGGAUUGACCCAAGCUGAGCUCCUCAAACUCAGCCCAGAGCUUGGUGUCUGUGUAGGAGGGUUAGAGGAUGAGGGAGAUGGAGAUAAUCGUCUUCCGUCUAGAUCCAUGGAGUCACAUGAGUUCAGACUACAAGACAGGGAGGAGGAGAAGGAAUUUGACACCGAAUUCGUGGCUAGAGGUGGAUGCAGCAGCAGAGGAAAGUUGGAUGGAGAUCAAAGAGUAGAUAUUGCUGAAGAAGGCAAAACGAGAGAGGAGAGCAAAGACACACAAAGGACCACCUCCUUCACAGAGAUGGCAAGAAGAAGGAAGAGGAACGGUGGUGUGACUUCCGACCAUUACUACAGCACUGGUCUUAGCAAUACACAAGAGACUAAAGCACAGAGCAUGAGCUUUGAGACUUUCCAUUAUCCUCCUGAGUUACCAGAUUCACCUCCCCCUCCUCCUCCUCCUCGCCCCUUACCACCAAUCCCCCCGUCUUUGCCACCCCUCAAAGUCAGCACUCUCCCUGCCAACUCUGCACAACCUGAGCGAUUUGACUGGCUCAUAGCGUUCACACCUGAUUGUGACGCCCCGCCACAGCCUCUGGCCCUGGAAAUGAGAAGAUCUCACAUGGAAACCCAAAAGAAGCCCAGUUCGUCAGGGUCAUCUCCAGGGUCAGCGCCAAAGGUCACAACCUUCAAAGAGCUGCGUUUCCGCAACAAGAGCACUUGCCCCCAAACAAAGGUGAUCACUGACCCAGACCCUGACCCCACAGUCAUCACUCCAGAUGCAGAUAUACUGUACAACCUGAAGUGGAGGAGAGAGAAGGCAGGCACCGAUGGCAACCAGUGGGAAUACACCUCUCAGGCUCAGGCCCUGUUCAUGCAGCCGCCGCCGGCUCUCACCUCAAUGGCUGCUCUGAAGGAAAUGCUCAAGAGAGCUGACGAGGAGGGCGGUCAACCAGAGCUGUGCCCAUCACAGAAGAUUGGCUGCUCAGUCAGUGACAGCAGCCUGUGGACCAUGGGCAGAGAGUGGGAGGGUGAGGAAGUUAAGAGGGAGGAAAAGGAAGGGAAGGAAGAAGAAAAAGAGGAGGAGGUGGAGGUGAGAGGACGUGCCGAUGGAGGAAGGACUUUUCAGUCAAGAACUACAGUUUCCUCACCCCCACUCUCCCUCGCCCAGUCCUCCCAACCCUACUUCCUCCACACUGCCCUCCCUUCCUUUCGCAGAGGCUACUGUAACUCCCAACCCUUUGCAGAUCCAAGGCCCCACAACCAUGUAGGCAGGGAGUCUACAGACAAACACUGCAGCACACAGUGGACCCCUGCUGCCAGCUCAGCUUGUAUCCACAGAGAUGAUUCCAGCACUGAUUUAAGCUGUGGGUUUAACUGCGAUUCCCUGGCUGAUCUCAGUGUAGACUCUCCUCGUGAUUAUGGGAAUAUCUCUAAGCAAAACACACUCUCGGCAUACCAAUCUAUCAGCGAUUCCAAAACUAACGACAGGGAGUUUGUGUCUGACUCCAUUUGUAAGUUUGACUCUCUCUACCGCAGUGACUCAGAGAAGAAGCAUGACACAGACAUUAAGUCAGAUACACCUGUUAGUGGCACCACUGAGGCACCAGGUUGCACCACUCCAUAUAAGAACAUAGAUGUCAUGAUGACACAUUCAAACAGCAUCAGUGCUAAGGAUUCCCUGUAUUCAGAAAAGUGCACACACUCAAACACUGACCACAACAGCAACAAGGCCAGGACAUCCAAAGAACUUCCUCCUCUCCCCACUUAUUACCUGUACCACCCUAAGAACUGCCCUCUGCACAGGGGUGCCCCUCCACGCCUCUCCCCUAUCGGAGCCCUCUCCCCUCCCCACCGCCCCGGAGUGCCCCCCUCAGGCGCAGCAGGCUCCUGCCUCAGCUCCCCGCUUUUCCCCCGCUCGCACACCUUGCCUGCCCUUGCUGCUCCCCUCUACUAUCCAAACCUCUACCCUCCUAUACCGCCCAGGGCGCCCCCCCUACCCCCAAAACUCAACCAGGCUCCUCCGCAGUCACGCGUGGCGACUGUUCGCAGUGUCUCAUUCGCUGGCUCCGUACAGAGGGGAGAGACGUCCUGGAUGGGCGAAGAUGUGAAGUUUCCAAUGAGAGGUCUCGGCCUGUCCUCUCUGUGUCUGCAGGAGAAGAAAGCUCUGGUCAGUGCGGUCAGUGUGGCGGUGGAAGCCAUUUUGGCCCAGUUCAGCUCUUCUCGGACUGUAGUUCAGAAGUCUCUCUCAGUUAACAAGGCCUUAUCAGGAGACAGCACUAUAAAUCCAUCUCUGGGCCGUCUGGUGCUGCAGUGCCUCUGCCCCGCCCUGCACAGCUUGCUGACCGAUGGCUUAAAACCCCACCAGAGUGACCUGAUUGCAGGCAGGAGGCCAAACUCUGCCUGGGGCCUGGUCCAAGCUUCCACCAAGCCAGGUCCUAGAACGCAAGCCUUGUUCAAUCUACAAGCUCGAGUCGGGGAGCUUCCCCAGCUCAGACAGAGCAAACACAGGUUCAAUGCGUUCCUCCUUGGCCUACUGAAUACCAAGUCUCUUGACUUCUGGCUGUCUCACCUUCAGUCCUGCAGUGAUGUGUUGGAGACAUACUACCGUCCCACCUCCUUUAUGCGUCUGUCCCUGACCACCUGCCAGCCUCUGUUCGAGGAGCUGCUGCUCGUGUUGCAGCCUCUCAGCCUGUUGACCUUCAACCUCGACCUGCUUUUCCAGCACCACCAUUUGGAGCCAGACAGUCACAGCCCAGAGAUCCCCAGUCCGCCCUGUCAGGAUGCAGGGUUCCAGAAGUCCACAAAGGGGUCCCAAUCCAAAAUCACAGGCAGCAGAUAUAUGGAAAGCCUCUCAGAAUUAGACUUUGGAAGCCCGGAACGUCAGGCAGCUAAAGAAAAACCCUCAACAUUAGCUGAUCCAAAGAACGGAGGAUCAGGGGAGUCGACACAACUCGGUGCUGCUCCCAUAAAGGCUUCGGUCUCUCUCGGUCAGACAAGUCCUCAGCUGUUGUGGGUGCAGGAGAAGGAAAUUGGAGAGUUACCUCCUCCUGAUGUUGAGGAGGACAGCCUUGCUCAGCAGGCAGGACAGGUGAUCCAACAGGGUUGGGGGGCGGUGAUGCGCUGGGGAGGUCGAUUUAGCCAGAACCUGGCUGAGCUGAGCCUGUCUGCAGGGAAGAAGGAGGAAAUGAAGACAGAUUUGCCAGACCUCCAGACCCAGACAGGAAGUGACUACACUCCGGUUAGCAGUGGUGGUCAGGUUCCCUGGGGUUUUGGUCGGCUGUUUGGAGCCUCUAAAAGCCCCAACAGCCCAACAGGUCACACACCGCCAACCAGGCGUCCCUCUCAGUGGUUGGCUCCUGGUGUUACGGCACUGACCAGAAUGGUGAGCAGCAGCUCCACCCCGAUGAUGAGGAGGGCCGCGGAGCCUCAGGGAGAAAGUGAGCCAGAGUCAGACAAAGAGGUCGACACACUGGAGAUGAAGGACAAACCCCGACCACUCAGGUCAGUACGAACGCUGUGCGACCACACAGGGGCGGGUUCGGAGCUCAGCUUCUGCAAAGGCGAGGAACUCGUGGUGUUAGGAGGCGUCGACCAAGACUGGAUUCGCUGUCGUCAGGGAGACAAAGAGGGGCUGGUACCUAUUGGCUACACGUCCCUCAUCAUAUGACUUCGGCACCACAACUGCUGCACUCAAUCAAUAAAAAAAAUAAAAUAAAAAUAUAUAUAUAUUUUAGGCGAGUAUUGAGAGGUGAUGGUGAGGCACCUCUACUCUGAAAGGGAUAUUUCACACUUGCUUGGUUAGAGUUUGAGUUGAGUUCAAACGCCAUCUGUUAUGCUUUACGUUCAUCAGGAGCAGUCUGCAGCCCUCUCCCUUUAUGAACAUAUGGGAGGCCCCCCCCCCCCAUCACAAUCCAUCCAGUCUGGUAGCAUUCAACUAAUGGAUUUUAGCAGCAGGAAUGCAGCAGAUGGUGUGAAAUAAUGACUCAAGUCAAAUUUAGACCAUUUCACACUGGAAGACCUUUGAUCUCGGAGUGAAGUAUCCCUUUAAAUGCCCCUUUCUCAGUUUCGGCCUUCCUCGCCUUCAGCCACUGAUCUGAGAAAAAAUGAUCACAGGGGAAAUUCUGUGCAAUCAACCACUAGCAGAUUCAAGUGGUGUCAGAUCAGCGGCUGCCUGUCGUGAGGAGGCGACAGUCGACAGCCUGGUAGUAACCGCGUAAAUAUCUCUUUUCGUCAGCCGCAGAGAGUCGUGGUUCGCAGGCUGUCGAGGGGAGAGAGCAUGUCAGAGUACUGGGCCGUAGCUCCUGUUGCAUACUGCGUAGUAAUGUAGUGAAUUGUAGCUGUGUAGAUCUGUGUUCUAUUGCCCUUUCACCCCUCUUGACUUCUCACCUUUAUCGCCUGGUUCAUGUGUGUUUUGACAUGUUUCUGCUACUAUAUUUGACUGUAUAAAUAUACAUAAAAAAAAGAAUAUAUAUAUAUAUAUAAAUAUAUAUAGAUACAUAAAUUGAGAUUGUUAUUACCAAGAUAGAUAGAAAAGAUAGAUGAGCAAGAGAAAGCAGGUAGUGAAACACAAGCAGCAGCUUAAUACCGUGGCCACAUAGAAGAAGUGGAUGAUUAAUAAUGAAUGGAUUAAUUCUUUGUCUUCACAUCUGCAACUUUCCACACACAUUAAGUGGUUGUCAUACAUGCAAAAAGAAAGGUGUAUGUGUUUGUUUUAAGUAUGAAAUCCAGUAUCUUCCCUCUUGUGUGCUUUAUGUAUUGCCAUUACCUUGACAUCAUAUUCAUCAAAUAAUUAGACAUAGUGUUAUUCAUACCGUUAAACACUGUAUGCAUUGCAAUGUGCCAUGAAUGCUUCGAAUUAAUGCCAGAAAAUAUCUUUCUGUCCCGACACAGUUAUAGAGGAUAGUAUCAGACAACAGCAAUCUGUAGCUAAGCUCUCCACUCGUCCAAAACCUCACAGGGCCAACGUGGGUCACAAAACUAUGCUCAGCUCUUGUUCAACACUAUCUGAACUUAAAAUUAUAUGAGAAAAUCCAUGAUGUAUGUAAUUCAUAACUGCUACUGUAAAGUCUGUAGGUUUGGUGGCUGGUCUUCACCUUGUACCUCAGCUUUUGUAUUUAACUUUUACCCCUUCCUGCCAUGUUUGCUGAUCAUAAUCAUUGGUAUUAAUGAUAGUGGUAGUAGAAGUGGUAGUGGUGGAAGUGAUAUGUUGAUUCUAAUGUUGCUCAUAUGAAAUAUGUUGCUUUGUGUCAUAGAUUUAUUAGUUAUUCUCUAGAUUCUGUAUUUAUGACUAUGCAUAUGGAUAAAUGUACAACUAAAAUCCUUUUUUUGUUUGUUUUACAAAGCCAUGAUUAUAAUUUAAUGUUCUCAUGCAAGUUGCCACCUUAAGGCCUAAAGUAAUAUCUUAAAUAGUUUAAAGUGAAAAUAAGAGUCUGGUUAAAAAAAAAAAAAAAAAAAAAAAAAAGACCUGACACUAAAGAGCCUCCAUUGAAUUCAGCAGGAAUGUUUCAGUGCUAUCGAUCAGGGAAAGCUCAGUCCUUCAAAGGUUCCUCAUGUUAUUGUGUCAAUGCCAUGUAGCAUGAGAUUACUGUCACUAUGGCAACAGUCGAGUAGCAUUAUGUUAAACCAGUGCUCAUAACUUGUAACUUGUGAUCACAAUAAAAUGCCAUCAAAUGGAUAAUACCUAGGUGUUUACAAGAAAUAACGUCUAGAUAAAGAUAGUAUAUGAGUUGACACAUUAAGUUGUGUUAAUGCUUUUUUUCUGUUUGUUUGUGUAUAUUCUUUUUUCCAAAAGUGAGAUUAUACUCUAAAUGCGUUUGUUUGAAAGCUGUUAAUUUAUUGGAUGUACUAUUUAUUGAUCUUGAGGUUUUUUGAAAGGAAUAGCUCUCUAUUUGACCCAUCGGGUGUCUCUAUCUAUCUGGGUUCUUUGUGUGUGAGUGAGAAAGUGUGUAUGUGCGUGCACAUGGCAGCAUAUGAGGCAGUGAAAGCAGCGAAGAGUGUGAGCACAUCUGUGUGUCUGCACAUCCUGCACUUUCACUUAUGUGUGCAUGUGUGUGUUUAACAAUGGGUCCUGUACCUCCCUCUCCUCCUCUCUUUCUCUCACUGGUGUCAUGUAGCCUGUAGACAUCCCCCUGUGUCCUACUAUUGCAUUUAGUUGAGUGCCCCUCUAGUGUCAGUCACUGUCCACCUCCUGCAUGUGCUUGUUUGUAAAUACACCAAAUAAAAUGAUCAGUAUAAACCAA